UGGGCGUGCUCGGGAACAGGAACAUUAUUCCUCGCUUUAAGAGGCAGCUGCGUCAGAUGCUGCGAGAGGCUUGAAUUCUGUGCUCCAGCCUGGAACAGUGUUCCAGACAAGAGCCUUCCUGAAGCACCUUGAAAACUUUGGAUCAACGCCGUCGCUCGGGGCCACUUGGAGUAAGCAGAAGCUGACUGAAUACUCUCUGUCACCGACCACGUCUGGGGAGCUGGGGCUGUGUCUCGGCUGGGAGCUGUGAGCAAGGGGCUCUCAACGUCAGCUGGUGGACGGAUGUGAUAUUGUACACGGCCGGUGCGUUACUGCCGUCUCUCUUCAAGUGUGUGCGUGUCGCCAUCCACGGGCACCAGGCUCUCUCCGGUGUCCACCCGGAGUCAUUUUCUUGUUCUGUAGCCAGGAUCUCCUGGUUUCUAACCCGGUUCUUUCUCUUUAUAGGGGUGUUACAAGUCAGUGUAAUCACGAAGCUCGUUUUCGGCCCCCAGCGUGUUGGGAUGUUUUAUAGGAUUAGGGUCUGUAAAGAGAGUCCCAUAUCUAGAUCUCCCCGAGCUGCAAGCAACCAAACCCGAGGCUUUUGUCAAUGAUAUUUAUAUAUAUAUAUAUCAUCAAGGAGUUUGAAUAAGUGCGAAUAAAGUGGCCUGGGGAAUCAUUGGCAGGUGUUGCCAUUAUUCGCAAGAAACAGCCGAGACACCUAACGCGGAGCUCUGGCCUGGCUGCGGUCGGUACCGAAGGAGCGAGUGUAACUUCAGCUCACCAAGUCAGCGCUGUGUGCAGGCAAUGGUCGGCGGAAGGCGGCAGCGAUGCUGAGCGGCGAUCCCGCAGGAGGGACAUGUUCUUGUUAGGGUUUACGCGUGGAGGAAGGGUCUCGUUGGACGGGAGAUUUGGUUUGUGAAACCAAACAGAAAGAACCCCCUCCCAUGGCUCCAGCAAACACCCGUAAGGAUGUCAACACUUGGCCAAGCAUGCCCUCAACUUUCUGGGCAGUCGUCAUCCUGGCGAGCCUCCUGAUCGCAUACUGCAGUCAACUUGCUGCAGGUACUUGUGAGAUAGUCACCCUGGACAAAGAUAGCAGUCAACCGCGAAGGACUAUAGCCAGACAAACUGCUAGGUGUGCAUGUAAAAAGGGGCAGAUUGCCGGCACAACAAGAGCAAAACCAGCCUGUGUGGAUGCACGGAUUGUAAAGACUAGGCAAUGGUGUGAAAUGCUUCCCUGUUUGGAAGGAGAAGGCUGCAAUUUGUUAAUGAAUAAAUCAGGCUGGACCUGCACACAGCCAGGUGGGCGAAUAAAGACAACUACGACCAAGGCUGUGAUGAGGUCAGGAGUCAAGUGGUCAUAGUGGAACCCAAGCUGAGCACCGGUGAAUUGGUCUCCUGACAAAUGCAUCAAGAAAGAAUCCUUAUAGGAGCAGCUUAGAACUCUGUGUGAUCUAUUUCCCCUAGCCAAGUUCUACUGCUGCAGACUGUCAUCUGUUGUAUGUUAUUUCCUCAACUCUCUUUGACUAUAAGUUAAAGAGCAUAAUCCCAUCUCUGACUUUUGAGCUAAAGUUUCACUCAUUCUGAAUAUGAACAACUGGUGCAACACCUGUAGAUGACUGAGCCAAGCUUGGAUGGCAGCAAUAUUGACCAUGUUUGGAACUCCUUGUCCCCACACUUCAACCGGUGUUGGACUUGCCAUUACCCUGUUGAUGUUGCAGCCCAGAAAGCCUGUUUUACAGAAGACUGAAUUAUUUCUAUCAGCCCUUAACAGGUGGUGAAUCUUUGCUUCAGGUGGGACAUUAAAAGAGUUACAGAAGGCUCCUCAACAAAGACACUGUGCUUUUAUGUGUGUAACUCUCUCUGACGUCUAUACAUCUAUUUCCUCAUCGUUGUUCACAAAACAGUAGACCAAAGAACACAAGGAGAAUGCUGAAGUGGACACUAUCUCAUUGUGAAUGAGCUUUACUGGUUUCAAUUGUAGUGGGUUCCUAAAGGAUUUCGAUUCAGUUUUUUCACAGAGCUGAAAUAAAUCAUUACUGGCUAGGGUAAAGUCUUUAUUGAAAAAAAAGAAAGGGAGUCCCGAUGUAAGAUGUCUAAGGAUCUAAUGGAGCGUGGAGAUAAAAUAGUUUAUUUCCUGUCACAAAAGAGACACAUAUGAACAUUUGCGCUGGGAGGAUAUCUUAGUCUCCUGUUUAGUUUGGCUGACUUAUUUCUCAUUCUUAAGUCAUGUUGUAUUUCAACCAGAAAGAAAGAACAAAAUGUGAACCAUUUGCAGCUCUUAUUUCCUUUCCCAGCACAAAAGUAGCUACUGUCAAACAGCAUUCGCAAUGAGCAUGUCUGGCUACCUGCAGCCUGUGUCACAUUUCAAUCAACCAUCUACCACAAGAAAAAAAAAGAUCAAAUUAGAGGAGAAAGUAACAUUUCUUGAAAACAGGAUCAUUAAAUGUAUUUUGAGAAACCUAAAGUUAUAUAUUUAACAGUUUUUAUAUGUUGUAUCUUUGUAGAAAAUCUUAUUUAACAAAUAAUGUGGUCGUACUAUGCCAGCCUUGAAAGCAGUCAAGAGUUGUGUUUUAACUUCUGGUAUCUGUCAAAGAGAUGAUUGGUGUAUUUUUUUUCCUUUGGACCAUUCUGGAUCUUAAAACUGACCACAAAGAACUCUGUAGAAAAAAAUGCUGUUUAUACAUCAAUACAUUCAACCAUUGCACUGUAGGAAGGCAGUUCAUUUCUUUUAUGUACUGGUAUAAUAGAGUGGAAAACAUUUUAAACUUUGCUAUCAAUACUGGUUUUCAUUUCUCCCCUUUUCUUUUCUCGUGUUUGACUCUUACUAAAUUGGAUCUCUGAGCUGUUCUAAAGUAAUACAAUGCAAGCUCUCACUGAAGUUUUGAUGAAAAACAGUGGGCAGGACUAAUCAUUAUACUAUUUCCCCAGAUCCACUGAAGUAGUACUCUUUCCUGCUAUUUUACACAAGAUGAGAUCUUUCUGAGCUAAAAUGUGAGUUACUAAUUUACUGUAACAGAACAUCCAAAGACUAGGUCAGUUUCUAACAGUAUUUUCUUGUAACAGCCUAUAUUUGUGUUCCAUAAGUUGAAAAUCAUUGUACUUUCCCCAAAAAGGAUCUUGAAAUUCUUCAGUUACUGUUCAAAAAGCAUAGAAGCACACAUUCAACUUGUUGGUUCACUUACACUGAAAACAGAUGAUUGUAUAGUCCUCUAUGAAGCUGUCUUUCUUUGAACUUCAUGUUAAUGUUAAAGGCUGAACGAAAAACGGGACAAAGACCAAAGCUUAAAUUUGAAAUUAAUUGUUUCCCCUGCCUGGCAAGAUAGUAAAAGGUAUGGAUGAGCAACACGAUAUUCAGAUAUCAUUUAGGAAUAUUUGAUUGUGAUUUCAAUCAAUGUAGGCUUCUUUUCAAAUAAUCAGUAAGGUGCAGUCUGACCUGCUGGGAUGUUAUCCGAGGAAUGUUCCUGAGCAGGUAAGAGUAAAUGUUGCCCUAUUGUCAUGGUAAUAUUGAGAUAAAAUUGCUCUCACAAAACCUGAGAAUCCAUCCUGUUUCUAUGGUGGCAAUAAAUAAGGUUCAAACAGUCGUAUUAUUUGAAGCAAAUGCAGUUUGAAAUUGAAUGAUUUAUUUAAUGGAAUUAAAACCCUUUAAUCUAAUCAAUGAGGACAUGUAACCAUAUUCCACAGUAAGUAUGUACAUGUUUUCUACACUGAUC